AUGCUCACUAUCCUCGUUCUCAUCAGUAUAUUCGUCAUCCAAGUAUUGGGACACGGUCGUGUUACGUCGCCAAAGCCGCGUGGUGGAGGUACAAAGCACCAAGCAGCGUGCGGUGCCGCUGUCGCCAAGGUCCUGAGCUCUGAUCCAGCAGGCCCGAUUGAAAAUGCUGUCGCAAAGAUCGACUCCAGCUACAACGCGACUGCAUGCCAUCUUUACUUUUGCAGAGGAUACAACUGGGAAGAUAACACGAGUAAUACUCGCAAGUACAAGGCUGGCCAGGUUGUCCCUUUCACGAUAGACAUUGUAGCGCAUCAUACUGGAACAGCGAACGUCUCUGUGGUAAACCUAACCACACAAAAGGUCAUUGGUUCACCACUUAUCUAUUGGAAAGUAUACUCAAAUACUUCGAUUCCGAUCAGCCAGAAACCGGCCAACGAGACGGCAUUCAAUGUGACCAUACCCUCCCUGCCUUCUGGUCACUAUGCGCUCCAAUGGUGGUGGUGGGCCUAUUCGAAUAAACAAACGUACGAGAGCUGCAUCGAUUUCACGAUAUGA